AUGUAUCGUUUUGCUAAAACAAUCUCGCGAACAGCUGCAUCACCGUUGAUUCAACAUAUUGUGCGCCGUUCAUUGGCAAAAGACAUAAAAUUCGGUUCCGAUGCUCGCGUACUCAUGCUUCAAGGUGUUGACAUCCUUGCUGAUGCUGUUGCUGUUACAAUGGGUCCUAAAGGAAGAAAUGUUAUUCUUGAGCAAAGCUGGGGCUCACCAAAAAUAACCAAAGAUGGUGUUACAGUUGCUAAAGGAAUUGAAUUAAAAGAUAAAUUUCAAAACAUCGGUGCUAAGCUUGUUCAAGAUGUUGCCAAUAAUACAAAUGAAGAAGCUGGUGACGGCACAACAGCUGCAACAAUUCUUGCUCGAGCUAUAGCUAAAGAAGGUUUCGAUAGAAUCUCACGUGGCGCAAAUCCAAUUGAGGUUCGUCGUGGCAUUAUGAUUGGUGUAGCAGCAGUUGUCGAUGAACUUAAACGUAUGUCAAAAAUGGUCACAACACCAGAAGAAAUUGCCCAAGUUGCAACAAUAUCAGCUAACGGUGAUGUAUCUAUCGGUCAGAUAAUAUCGAAUGCAAUGAAAAAAGUGGGCAACAAUGGUGUUAUUACUGUUAAAGACGGUAAAACAUUAUUGGAUGAGCUUGAAAUUAUCGAAGGAAUGAAAUUCGACCGUGGUUAUAUUUCACCUUAUUUCAUUAAUUCAACAAAAGGUGCAAAAUGUGAAUAUCAAGACGCAUUUAUUUUAAUAAGCGAAAAGAAAUUAUCAUCUGUGCAAGAACUUAUUCCGGCUUUGGAAUUAGCUAAUGCUCAACGUAAACCAUUACUUAUCAUUGCUGAAGAUAUUGAUGGUGAAGCACUUACUACACUUGUUCUUAACAGACUAAAAGUUGGACUUCAAAUAUGUGCCAUAAAAGCACCUGGUUUUGGUGAUAAUCGUAAGAACACACUACGUGAUAUAGCUGCCGCUUGUGGUGGUACUGUAUUUGGUGAUGAAGCAAAUUUAAAUAAACUUGAAAAUAUAACUGCACGAGAUUUUGGCCGUGUCGGUGAAGUUAUUGUUACGAAAGAUGACACAUUGUUAAUGCGUGGUAAAGGUGAUCCAGCAGCUUUAGAACAACGUAUUAAUUCAAUAAAAGACGAACUCGAUGAAGCUAAGUCAGAAUAUGAUAAAGAAAAAUUACAAGAACGUUUAGCAAAAUUAUCCAAUGGUAUUGCAGUAUUAAAAGUUGGUGGUAGUAGUGAGGUCGAAGUGAAUGAGAAAAAAGAUCGUAUUACUGAUGCAUUAAACGCAACACGUGCUGCUGUUGAAGAAGGUAUUGUACCGGGUGGUGGUGUUGCUCUUUUAAGAUGUCUCAAAGUAUUGGACAACAAUGCCGGUGCCAUAAACGAAGAUCAAAAAAUUGGUAUUGAAAUCGUACGAAAAGCCCUUCGUAUGCCUUGUGCCACAAUUGCUAAAAAUGCAGGCAAAGAUGGUAGUGUAAUUGCUGAAAAAGUACUUUCGUCUUCAUUUGAAAUCGGUUAUGAUGCACAACGUGAUGAAUUCGUUGAUAUGAUUAAAGCUGGUAUUAUUGAUCCAACUAAAGUCGUUCGAUCAGCAUUACAAGAUGCUAGUGGUGUUGCUUCAUUGUUAACAACAGCAGAAGUUGUUGUUGUUGAAGCACCUAAAGCCGAAAAAGAUGCUGCUCCAGGCAUGGGAGGCAUGGGCGGCGGUAUGGGAGGCAUGGGUGGAAUGGGCGGCAUGGGCUUUUAA